UUAAAAAUCGACGAAUUUGUCGCGUCUUGUUUGAGAGAGUCCUUACCCAACCAAACUAGUAACCACGCACGCACCGGAUUCUUUUUCCUCUCCCCGCUUUUUCCGCCGAAAUCGGCAACGGCCAUUUCCCUCAAAACGCUAUUGAUUUUAGUAUCAUUUGUAACCGUCUCCGCAAAUUGUUCUUAAAAAAGGAAAAGAUAAGAAUAGAACUCUUCACCCAUUUUUUUUAAAUUUCUCAAAACGCUAAUCGAAGAACGUGAAAAGGAAGAAAACAGAGCCAUGAAAAGUUUAACUGCAACCGCUGUGCUCCGUUGCCACGUCUGCUUUUCUCAAUACCGGAAUCUUCCAUUUCCUUCAUUUUAUUAAAAAGGAAAAUUAAACCAUAUGCAUCCUUUUUGCUGUGUUUCCACUGUAUCGGAUCAUUCCCCGAUCAAACCAGUAGCCGGCCACGUCAUCACCAUGACUCGUCCUCCUGUAACAUUCGUAGCAGCCACUACCUCUUCUGCUCCCACCACCAGAUCCAAGUCCGCCCGAUUCACGUCCCAAAUCCAGUCCCAGUUCAAUCAAACCCAUCACCAUCAGCAUCAUCGUAGUAAUAGCAUGGAUAUGAAUCGGAUGAGCCAGAGAAGCGGGAUAUCGUUGGGAAGAGAGGCUCCUGCUCCUUCGCCGCAAGUGGAUGUGAAGAUAAACGACAUCGUAGGGAACGGGAUAUCGGGAGUGCUUUACAAAUGGGUGAAUUACGGGAGAGGUUGGAGACCGAGAUGGUUCGUUUUGCAAGACGGAGUUUUAUCAUAUUAUAAAAUCCACGGACCUGAUAGGAUCGUUGUUAGCCAAGAAACAGAAAAAGGAUCCAAAGUUAUUGGCGAAGAGUCUCUCCGUAUUAUCUCCCGCCAUCGCAAUUCCAUGUCUCAUCAUUCCCUGACCCGUCGCAAACCCUUUGGUGAAGUCCACCUAAAGGUUUCUUCGAUCAGGGAAAGCAGAUCAGAUGAUAAGAGGUUCUCGAUCUUCACGGGAACGAAAAGGCUUCAUUUACGAGCAGAGACGCUGGACGAUCGGGUUACGUGGAUGGAGGCGCUUCAGGCGAUUAAGGAUAUGUUCCCUAGAAUGUCCAAUAGUGAGCUCAUGGCUCCAAUGGACAAUGUGGCGGUUUCAACCGAGAAGUUGAGGCAACGGCUGAAGCAGGAAGGGGUAAGCGAAUUGGGUAUCCAAGAUAGCGAGCAGAUUUUGAGGACCGAAUUCGCGGCGUUGCAGAACCAGCUGGUGUUGCUUAAACAGAAACAGUGGCUUCUCAUCGACACCUUGCGUCAGUUAGAGACAGAAAAAGUUGAUCUGGAGAAUACAGUGGUUGAUGAGAGCCAAAACAAGUUGAAUGAUCAAGGGGAUUCCUCUAUGAUAACACAAGACAAGUUUAGCGAAGGAAGUGUAACCGACUCAGAUGAUGAUAAUGAAAGAGUAGAUGCUGCAGAAGAAGAAACUGAUGAAGAUGACCAUACUUUCUUUGAUACUCGUGACUUUUUGUCAUCAAGUUCUUUCAAAAGCAAUGGAUCUGAUUUCCGGACAUCAUCUUUCUCUUCAGAUGAUGGUCUUAAUGCUGUUGAUUCUGAAGAUGACAUCAACCCUUACAUCAAAUCAGUUGGAAGUAACUUUCCUAACAUUAAACGGCGAAAAAAGUUACCUGACCCAAUUGAAAAGGAGAAGGGUGUAAGUCUUUGGUCAAUGAUUAAGGAUAAUAUUGGGAAAGACCUUACAAAAGUUUGUCUUCCUGUUUACUUCAAUGAGCCUCUCUCUUCUCUUCAGAAGUGUUUUGAGGAUUUGGAAUAUUCAUAUCUACUUGACCGUGCUUAUGAAAUGGGGAAAAGAGGGAAUAGCCUCAUGAGAAUUCUUAAUGUGGCUGCAUUUGCUGUCUCUGGAUAUUCCUCAACAGAAGGAAGAAUUUGCAAACCCUUUAAUCCAUUAUUAGGGGAAACAUAUGAGGCUGACUUCCCAGAUAAAGGUGUACGCUUCAUCUCAGAGAAGGUCAGUCACCAUCCUAUGAUAGUAGCAUGUCACUGUCAGGGUACAGGAUGGAAAUUUUGGGGUGAUAGCAAUUUAAAAAGUAAAUUUUGGGGUCGCUCAAUUCAGCUGGAUCCUGUUGGUGUUUUGACCUUAGAGUUUGAAGAUGGAGAAGUGUUCCAGUGGAGUAAGGUUACAACAUCAAUAUACAAUCUCAUACUGGGAAAGUUGUACUGUGAUCACUAUGGUACUAUGAAAAUAGAGGGGAAUCGUGAAUAUUCAUGUAAACUGAAAUUCAAGGAGCAAUCUAUCAUAGACAGAAAUCCUCACCAGGUACAUGGUAUAGUUCAAGAUAGAAAUGGAAGGACAGUGGCUAAGUUAUUUGGAAAAUGGGAUGAGAGCAUGCAUUAUGUGAAUGGAGAUUGUUCUGCAAAGGGAAAAGGACAGGAGUCUUUAUCAGAACCUCAUCUGCUUUGGAAGCGGAGCAAGCCUUCUAAGUAUCCCACCAGAUAUAACUUAACACGUUUUGCCAUCACAUUGAAUGAGUUCUCUCCUGGUCUGAAGGAAAAGUUGCCUCCCACAGAUUCAAGGCUGAGACCUGAUCAAAGGUAUCUGGAAAAUGGGGAGUAUGAAAUGGCAAAUUCAGAGAAGUUACGGUUGGAGCAGCGGCAACGUCAGGCUCGAAAGAUGCAAGAGAGAGGUUGGAAGCCAAGGUGGUUUGCAAAGGAUAAAGGCAGUGACACAUACCAAUAUGUUGGUCGAUAUUGGGAAGCUAGAGAACAGGGGAAGUGGGAUUCAUGUCCUGAUAUUUUUGGUCAAAUCCCUUCUGAUCAGCUUCUUGACUAAGUGCAAUGUAAGUUGCCAUGUUUUUCUUCUUGAUUCUUCAAUUUUUUUCACGAGAUAUGAUAGAAGAAUAUUAAUUUUCCCAACUGAUGAUGUGAGUGUGACCCAAAGAUUGGGUUACGGUUGCGAAAUUUUCGUUGUAACAAAAGAUAGAGACUUCACAGAAUUCUAUGGGUAAAGAAUACAAGGAAAUUUUCCCAAACUCAACUUCUAAAGCACAAAGUUUCAAGUGAUAAAUAAUCAUUUGUAUGCUCCUCAGCACACAAGGAGCAUUUUUACCAUUAAACUACAUUUGUUACUCUUGGUUUUUGAUUUAUGAUAAAGAUUUGUUAAAUUUCUUUAUAUCCUAGCUUACAAAAAUGUUGUAACAGUAAUAUUUAGGAUAGACAAUGAUGGAGGUUAAUUAGAUGGGGAUAUGUGAAUCACUGGAUCCUUAACCCUUUUAUUGGAAACCGAAUGGCUAGUGUAGUUGAUAGAUUUCAAUUGCACCGGUAGAGUGUUAUCUAAAUGCAUCUCGCGAUGCAAUUGAGGGCAAAAACCCUCUUCAAUUCCAUCGGAUCGGGGGUGCUAUUGAAUCCAUUACCCACCCUUGUAUGCUACUUUUGGUUUCAGACCGGCAUUGGGC